GCCGCUGCGGUUAAUAAGGGCCGCCGAGUUCGUGCCGCCAGAAGCAGUCCGUCCGCCGCCGAAGCCAGAGAAAAGGAGUGUGAAGCCGAAUCCGGGCACGAAUCGCGAACAAACAAAAGAAAAGUAACCACGACACAAUAAGCACACGCCGACACACAGCAUUUGGGAUUGGGACUACUCUGCGCGGGCCUUGAAAAUUACCGCUCGAGGGACACGAGGGGAGAAAAGAGAGAGAAAAAACGACGACGACGACAACGACGACGUAGUGGAUUGAUUUCGCGGUGAUCGAGGAGAGGAGCAGCUAGAGAGACGAAAUUAUUGUUAUCUUCGGGCGAGGAAAAGGAGGGAAUAAACGAGGAAGGAAAGCUACAGGAGCGACCGUAGAAGUUAGCCAAGAUGCCGGCUCCACCGAAGCAGGACGAGGAUGCGGAUCCAACCCCGUACCUGUACGUCUCGCUCGAGCAGAAGCGAAUCGACCAGACGAAACCCUACGAUGCGAAAAAGGCGUGCUGGGUGCCCGACGAGAAGGAAGGCUACCUCCUCGGUGAGAUCAAGGCGACCAAGGGCGAUGUCGUCUCCGUUGGCCUUCCCGGUGGCGAGAGAAAAGAGUUCAAGAAGGAUCAGCUGCUCCAAGUGAACCCACCUAAAUUCGAAAAGGCCGAAGACAUGGCCGACCUAACUUUUCUCAACGAAGCUUGCGUCCUGCACAAUUUGAAACAGCGCUACUACAACAAAUUCAUUUACACUUACUCGGGUCUUUUCUGCGUGGCCAUCAAUCCUUACAAGAGAUUCCCGGUGUACACGCAUCGUUGCGCCAAACUUUACCGAGGCAAAAGGCGUAGCGAAGUGCCACCCCACAUCUUCGCCAUUUCCGACGGCGCCUACGUCAACAUGUUGACAAACGCUGAGAACCAGUCCAUGUUGAUCACCGGUGAGUCUGGUGCCGGAAAGACUGAGAACACGAAGAAGGUAAUCGCGUACUUUGCCACCGUCGGUGCCUCGACCAAAAAGGACCCUGGCUCCGAGAAGAAGGGAUCCCUCGAGGACCAGGUCGUACAGACCAAUCCGGUACUGGAAGCCUUCGGUAACGCCAAGACCGUCCGUAACGAUAACUCCUCUCGUUUCGGUAAGUUCAUCCGUAUCCACUUCGGUCCCUCUGGAAAAUUAGCCGGUGCCGAUAUCGAGACCUAUCUGCUGGAAAAGGCCCGUGUCAUCUCCCAACAGUCGUUGGAGCGCUCUUACCACAUCUUCUACCAGAUGAUGUCCGGCUCGGUUAAGGGUCUAAAGGAGAUGUGUUUACUGUCGAACGACAUCAAUGACUACUACUUCGUCGCGCAAGGAAAGACGACGAUUCCCGGCGUCGAUGACGGCGAGGAGUGCGAUUUGACUGACAAAGCCUUCGACGUGUUGGGUUUCACUCAAGAAGAGAAGGACAACAUCUACAAGAUCACCGCCGCCGUCAUGCACAUGGGUGGCAUGAAGUUCAAGCAGAGGGGUCGCGAGGAGCAAGCCGAGGCCGACGGUAUGGAGGAAGGUGAGCGUGUGGCCAAACUGCUCGGCGUCGACUGCCAAGACAUGUACAAGAACUUGCUGAAGCCAAGGAUCAAGGUCGGUAACGAGUUCGUCACCCAAGGUCGUAACAAGGACCAGGUUGCGUACUCUGUCGGUGCCAUGUCCAAGGCCAUGUUCGACAGGCUGUUCAAGUGGCUGGUGAAGAAGUGUAACGAGACCCUGGACACCAAACAGAAGCGUCAGCACUUCAUCGGUGUACUGGAUAUUGCCGGUUUUGAGAUCUUCGACUACAACGGCUUCGAGCAACUUUGCAUCAACUUCACCAAUGAGAAGUUGCAACAGUUCUUCAACCAUCACAUGUUCGUACUCGAGCAAGAAGAGUACAAGAAAGAGGGUAUCAAUUGGACGUUCAUUGAUUUCGGCAUGGACUUGCUCGCUUGUAUCGAGCUGAUUGAAAAGCCCAUGGGUAUCCUCUCGAUUCUCGAAGAAGAGUCUAUGUUCCCGAAAGCCACGGACAAGACCUUCGAAGAGAAGCUGAACAACAACCAUCUCGGCAAGAGUCCCAACUUCCUGAAGCCCAAGCCACCCAAGCCAGGCCAGCAAGCAGCCCACUUUGCCAUUGGUCACUACGCCGGCCAGGUGCCGUACAAUAUCACUGGUUGGUUGGAAAAGAACAAGGACCCGCUUAACGAUACCGUGGUCGAUCAGUACAAGAAAUCCAGCAACAACCUGCUGAUCGAGAUCUUUGCCGACCAUCCCGGCCAGUCCGGCGCGGCCGGUGGCAAGGACGCCGGUGGCGGCGGCCGUGGUAAGAAGGGAGGUGGCUUCUCCACCGUGUCGUCCUCUUACAAGGAACAGUUGAACAACCUGAUGACAACCCUGAGAGCCACCCAGCCUCACUUUGUCCGUUGUAUCAUUCCCAACGAAUUGAAGCAGCCGGGUGUCAUUGACUCGCAUCUCGUCAUGCACCAGCUGACCUGUAACGGUGUGCUUGAAGGCAUCCGUAUCUGCCGGAAAGGUUUCCCCAACAGGAUGGUCUAUCCUGACUUCAAGCUGCGGUACAAAAUCCUCGCGCCAGCUGCGUGCGAGAAGGCCGGCGGAGACCUGAAGAAGGCUGCCGAGGCUAUCCUCGAGGGAGCCCAGCUCGAUCCCGAGCAGUAUCGUCUUGGACACACCAAGGUGUUCUUCCGCGCCGGAGUCCUGGGUCAGAUGGAGGAGUUCCGUGACGAGCGCUUGGGCAAGAUCGUCUCGUGGAUGCAGGCGUACGUGCGAGGUUACCUCGCCCGCAAGGACUUCAAGGCCCGCCAGGAGCAGCGCCUCGCUCUACAGGUCAUCCAGAGGAACUUGCGUAGGUACCUCAAACUCCGCACCUGGCCCUGGUGGAAGCUCUGGCAGAAGGUCAGGCCACUCCUCAACGCCACUCGCAUCGAAGACGAGCUCAUUGCGAUGGAGGAGAAGGCCCGCAAGUACCAGGAGGCCUUCGAGCGCGAGGAGAAGAUGCGCAUAGAGCUCGAGGCGCUCAACACGAAGCUCCUCGACGAGAAGACCAGCCUGCUCAAGGGCCUCGACAGCGAGAAGGGAGCUCUCGCCGAGUACCAAGAGAAGGCACUCAAGCUCGGGGCCCAAAAGGCCGAUCUCGAGUCUCAGCUUGCUGACAUCACCGACAGAUUCCAGCAAGAGGAGGAGGCCAGGAACGCCCUUUUCCAAACCAAGAAGAAGCUCGACCAGGAGAUAUCCGGUCUGAAGAAGGACCUUGAGGACCUAGAGCUGACGAUCCAGAAGAGCGAGCAGGACAAGGCGACCAAGGACCACCAGAUCCGGAACCUCAACGACGAGAUAGCCCAUCAGGAUGAGCUCAUCAACAAGCUCAACAAGGAGAAGAAGAACCAGGGCGAGAUCAACCAGAAGACGGCCGAGGAGCUCCAAGCGGCCGAGGACAAGGUCAACCACCUCAACAAGGUCAAGCAGAAGCUCGAGCAGACUCUCGACGAGCUCGAGGACACGCUCGAGCGCGAAAAGAAAUCUCGUGCCGACGUCGAGAAGACCAAGAGGAAGGUGGAGGGCGACCUGAAGCUCACCCAGGAGGCGGUGGCCGACCUCGAGAGGAACAAAAAGGAGCUCGAGCAGACGAUCCAGCGCAAGGACAAGGAGCUAGCCUCCCUGACGGCCAAGCUCGAGGACGAGCAGGCCCUGGUGGGCAAGCAGCAGAAGCAGAUCAAGGAGCUGCAGGCCCGCAUCGAGGAGCUCGAGGAGGAGGUCGAGGCCGAGAGGCAGGCUCGCGCCAAGGCCGAGAAACAACGGUCCGACCUGGCCCGCGAGCUCGAGGAGUUGGGCGAGCGGCUCGAGGAGGCGGGCGGGGCCACCUCGGCUCAGAUCGAGCUCAACAAGAAGCGCGAGGCCGAGCUGAGCAAGCUGCGCAGGGAUCUCGAGGAGGCCAAUAUCCAGCACGAGUCGGCCCUGGCCAUUUUGCGGAAGAAGCACAACGACGCGGUGGCCGAGAUGGGCGAGCAGAUCGACCAGCUUAACAAGAUCAAGGCUAGGAUCGAGAAGGAGAAGGUUCAGUACUUCAGCGAACUGAACGACCUUCGCGCCACCGUCGACCAUCUCAGCAAUGAGAAGGCUGCCCAGGAGAAGAUCGCCAAGCAGCUGCAGCACCAGCUGAACGAGGCCCAGGGCAAGAUCGAGGAGCUGACGCGAACGGUGAACGACUUUGACGCCGCCAAGAAGAAGCUGUCGAUCGAAAACAGCGACCUCCUCCGGCAACUCGAGGAGGCCGAGUCCCAGGUGAACCAGCUCUCCAAGAUCAAGAUAUCCCUGACGACGCAGCUCGAGGACACCAAGAGACUAGCGGACGAGGAGGGCCGCGAGCGCGCCACCCUCCUCGGCAAGUUCCGCAACCUCGAGCACGACCUCGACAACAUCCGCGAGCAGGUGGAGGAGGAGGCCGAGGGCAAGGCCGACCUCCAGCGGCAACUGAGCAAAGCCAACGCCGAGGCCCAGCUGUGGCGCACCAAGUACGAGAGCGAGGGCGUCGCCCGGGCCGAGGAGCUCGAGGAGGCCAAGCGCAAACUCCAGGCCCGGCUGGCCGAGGCCGAGGAGACCAUUGAGUCCCUCAACCAAAAGGUCAUAGCCCUCGAGAAGACCAAGCAACGGCUGGCCACCGAGGUCGAGGACCUCCAGCUCGAGGUAGACCGGGCCACCGCAAUCGCCAACGCCGCCGAGAAGAAGCAAAAGGCCUUCGACAAGAUCAUCGGCGAGUGGAAGCUCAAGGUCGACGACUUGGCGGCCGAGCUCGACGCCAGCCAGAAGGAGUGCCGCAACUACAGCACCGAGCUGUUCCGGCUGAAGGGCGCGUACGAGGAGAGCCAGGAGCAACUCGAGGCCGUCCGCCGCGAGAACAAGAACCUCGCCGACGAAGUGAAGGACCUCCUCGACCAGAUUGGCGAGGGCGGCCGCAACAUCCACGAGAUCGAGAAGGCCCGAAAGCGCCUCGAGGCCGAGAAGGACGAGCUCCAGGCCGCCCUCGAGGAAGCCGAGGCGGCCCUCGAGCAGGAGGAGAACAAGGUCCUGCGCAGCCAGCUCGAGCUGAGCCAGGUGCGCCAGGAGAUAGACCGGCGCAUCCAGGAGAAGGAGGAGGAGUUUGAGAACACGCGCAAGAACCACCAGCGCGCCCUCGACUCGAUGCAGGCGAGCCUGGAGGCCGAGGCGAAGGGCAAGGCCGAGGCCCUGCGCAUGAAGAAGAAACUCGAGGCGGACAUAAACGAGCUCGAGAUCGCCCUCGACCACGCGAACAAGGCCAACGCCGAGGCCCAGAAGAACAUCAAGCGCUACCAGCAGCAGCUCAAGGACGUGCAGACGGCCCUCGAGGAGGAGCAGAGGGCGCGCGACGAGGCCCGGGAGCUCCUUGGCAUAAGCGAGCGCCGAGCCAACGCCCUCCAGAACGAGCUCGAGGAGAGCCGCCAGUUGCUAGAGCAGGCCGACAGGGGCCGUAGGCAGGCAGAGCAGGAGUUGGCCGACGCGCACGAGCAGCUUAACGAACUGAGCGCCCAGAACGCGAGCAUCAGCGCGGCCAAGCGCAAGCUGGAGGCGGAGCUGCAGACCCUGCACUCGGACCUGGACGAGCUGCUCAACGAGGCGAAAAACAGCGAGGAGAAGGCCAAGAAGGCGAUGGUGGACGCGGCGCGACUGGCGGACGAGCUCAGGGCCGAGCAGGACCACGCCCAGACCCAGGAGAAGCUGCGCAAGGCCCUGGAGACGCAGAUCAAGGAGCUCCAGGUGCGCCUGGACGAGGCGGAGGCCAACGCCCUCAAGGGUGGCAAGAAGGCCAUCCAGAAGUUGGAGCAGCGGGUGCGCGAGCUGGAGAACGAGCUGGACGGGGAGCAGAGGAGACACGCGGACGCCCAGAAGAACUUGCGCAAGAGCGAGCGCCGCAUCAAGGAGUUGGCCUUCCAGGCGGACGAGGACCGCAAGAACCACGAGCGCAUGCAGGAUCUGGUUGACAAGCUGCAGCAGAAGAUCAAGACGUACAAGCGCCAGAUCGAGGAGGCCGAGGAGAUCGCGGCCCUCAAUCUGGCCAAGUUCCGCAAGGCCCAGCAGGAGCUCGAGGAGGCCGAGGAGAGGGCGGAUCUCGCCGAGCAGGCGAUCGCCAAGUUCCGCACCAAGGGACGUGGUGGCAGCGCCGCGCGUGGCAUCAGCCCGGCGCCACACCGACCAGCUUUCAAUAAACCACAGUUCGACGGCUCAUCGUUCCCGCCGAGAUUCGACCUCAUGCCCGACGGUGAUCUGUAACGAGCGUCUCAUCAACAUCCCAUACGUUUACAUUAUAUCCAAGAGCGGACACCACACCAUCAUCGUGAGCGGCCCAGCAUAUAUAUAGAUAUAGAUACAUGAUUUAUAUUUAUAUAUACAAAACAGACAAAAACAAAUCGAAAAAAAAAAAUAUAUUAUUUUACGAUAAAUAAGAUAUAUAUAUAUAGCACACGCAGUCAAGUCAUCAUCUCUCAAGUUAUUAUUACUAUUCUUACUAUUAUUAUUUCUAUUACAUUAUUAUAAUUUAUUAUUAUGUUUUAUCAAUGAAUCGCGAUACAUGCACACUGACAUUUCAGCACCGGGGCCUCCCCUUUCAUUUUUCUUUUUUUU